AUGAGAUUAAGAAAGGUCAGAGCUCAUGAAACGGGUUCAUCAAAUUUAGAUUUUAAAGCAGAGAAAAUAGAGCGCCCUGAUGUUCCAAGAAUUGAAUUUUUAUCAACUGCAAAAAGCAAAAGUUUUUCUGAUUUGAUUAAAAUGAAAAUCAAUAAAGUAGCUCCUUAACCAGUAAAAGAAACUGAAACAUUUUAUGUUGAAAAUCAAAUUCCUGAAAAGCCUAAAUUUCCUGUAGGAUAUCCUCGCUUUGGUCAAUUAGAAGAACCAGAGUUGAGAAAAAGAGUUUUUACAGGUGAUUCAAACACUUAAUAUGAUAUAAAAUUGCUGCCAAGAGUUAAAAAACAGUUUACUAAAAUAGAUAAAAAAGAAUAAAGAGAUAAGUUGAUUGCAACUAAACACGACUAGCAUGCAACAGCUAUAGCUGAAACUCAAUUAGUAGGUUUAGAAUAGUACAACAAAUUAACUCUUGAAGGCAAGGUUGAUCUUGAUAAAGUCAAAGAAAUUCGCCGUGCAAUAAGAAGAAGAUAUGCCAAUAGAAAAAACUUCCAAAAAAUUUUUAAUGCUUGGGAUGAUAACUGCACAGGUGCAAUUGAUCCCAAAAAUGCUUUUGAUAUGAUUAAAAGCAUGGGAAUAAAUAUAAAUUUUGAUGAAGCAAGAGUUUUAAUUGCUAGUGCUGAUAUUGAUAAGAGUGGAGAUCUUUCACUUAAUGAAUUUAUGGAUUUAAUUUUUAAUAACAAUGACAUUCUCAAUGUCAAUCUCAAGGAAUUGCCUGUAAUGAGUGAAGAAGAAUAUAGUAGUUUGCAUACAGCUAAUAAGGUGAUGAAUAAAUUGAGAGAUGAUGCUAAGCUUUCAAAAUAGAAUAGACAUCACAAUUAAUUAAACGUUAUUUUAAAAAAUAAACUGUCGUCACUUAAAACUUACAUAUUUGCUGCAGACAGUUUGCAAUAAGGAUUUGUCAGUCAUGAAAAAUUCUUCGAAAUAGUUAAAAAAUUAGCAAUUCCUGAAACAAUUAUGUCACAGGAAGAUAUUCAAUUCGUAUUUAACAGACAUAAAAUUGAUGAACAUAAAUUCAAUUACAGGGAAUUUGUAGAUUUUCUAAGAGAUUUCACUUUUGUGCCUGAAGAUAUCUAUGUUGAUCCUGCAGAAACUGAAAAGAAAAAAAGCGAGAAGUAGAAAUUUUUAACAGCUUAUAAUUAUGAAGAAGAUAAUAAAAUAAAUAUUUUUGAUUCUAAUUCUGUAAAUUCUUGGCACUUAGAAUGUAUCAGAGAGAAAGCAAGGAGAGUAUUUAGAAUUAUUGAAAGGUAUCUCGAUUCCAAAGAAAGUUUUGAUUAAUUUUUGAUGCAAUAAAUGAAAAUCAAUAACGUCGAUGAAUUCAAAACAAAAUAAAUCUCAAAACAAAGCUUGACAAAAGCAAUCGAAAACUUGUUCUUAAAUGUUGGAGAUAAAGAAGUUAAAAAAGAUGAAGUUGAAUCUUUUCUAUCAAUUUUUUCAUACAAUAAUCAUGACCACACAGAAGCUGCUAAAAUAUCAAGAGCAAUUUAUGAAGAAGAAGAUGGCGAGUGGUUCAAAAGAAUGCAGUGGAAACUUAAAAGACCACCUCCUCCUCCUUAAAAAUUAUACCCUGAAGAUAGUAAAAAUGAAUAAUAAGAAGGUCUUGGCUGGAAUGAUGAAAAUGCAGAGGUGCAAUAAAUACAACCUAAUCAAGAGAAUUAUGAAAAGUUUUUUGAUACUAAAUAUAAACCUUAGGAUAUGGAUAUGAAUUAAUACAAGGGUUUGACUAGGACAAGCUCUGCACCUCACUAUCCUUCAUCUUUGAAUAAAAUUUUAAGUAAGUUUGAAAAUAGAAUCUUUUGUGGCUCCUAGAAAGCCUAUGACAUCUUUAAGAAGUUUGAUGCCGAUUAAGAUGGUUACAUAUCUUAGAAAGAUAUGGCUCAUAAGUUAAAAGAAAUGAAUAUUUUAGAUGAACAUGAAAUUAAACCAUUCCUUAUUUAUCUUGACCCAACAAACAAAGGUUUUGUCGAUUUUUCAGAAUUUAGUUCAAGAGUAAGAAAUGGUAUGACUAAUAAUGAUAGUAUGGGAUAAUAAAUAGUUGUUCCUUUUACGGUUCCAUGCUCUGACCAUUUAAAAGAUACAUAAAAAAUGCUACCUUUUAUCUAAAAAAGAGUAAGUGAUCUUAGAAAACCUUACUAUCCUCCUGAACAAACAUAGAAAAUUACAAGAUAUGGUGCCACACCCAAUUUUUAAAAUACUUUCAGUAACUUUAAAGUCAUAAAUACUAGUCCAAUGUUUGCUACAGCUUCAGAACGUUUUAUGCAAAAUCACAAUCACAGAACCUAAUUCUAAAAAGAAGAGUUUCAAAAGAAAAAGUAAUACGAAGAAGGUAGAAUUUAAAGAAAGAGAGAAAACAUGAUGGCAAUCCAAUAAAAAAUAGAGAGUGAAGUCAUAGCAAGUGAUAUAAAAGAUGAUAAUAAAAGGAAAACCAAGGGUUUAGCCCAGUGGACUUAUGAACAUAGAGCACAUUUACAAAACAACUACAAAUGA